CUUCCAGGCUAAUUUAAGGCAUGCGUGCAUUACAAACACUUUACUUCUAAUUGAACGCAGUGAACCAGUGAACCGAAACCUAGAAUCCUCCGAGAAAAUGAAUACGUCCUUGUGGAACAACCUGACUUUAUCGCCAUGGCCCGAUCCUACGACUUCUACAACAGCUGCUUACACAAGUGAAAACAUCACCGGAUUUCUUAGGAACAACACGAACAGCACCACAACAUCUCCAGAAACACAAGAGAAUCUCAACCCUUUUUUCUUUGGAUUAAUUUUCCAGUCUGCCAUUGUUCUGGUAGUGUUUGGAAACGUGUUAGUCCUUACAGCACUUGCGUGUUACCGAAAUUGGACACCUGCAGACGUUUUGCUAUUUUCACUGUCCUUAGCAGAUAUCUUGGAUUCGAUUGCCGCACUUCAGCUUUUAACGACUGUGAAAUACUACAUGAGACGACACAUGACAGAAACCUUGUGCAAUUUGUUUAUAGGUUUCGUAUAUACAUUUCGACUUGCUGCGGCAACCACAGUCACGGUAAUGGCCUUAGAACGCGCCAUGUUAUUAGUAAAGCCCUUUAGACAUCAUACUCUCAUAACAGUUUCGCGCAUGAAGAAAUUUGUGCUUGGAGUUUGGCUCUUUUCCAUAUUUUCCGCUAUUUUACCCUUCAUUGGAGUCGGACAUUCAGGAUUCCGAAAUGGAGAGUGUUUUUCGCAGAUUUACAAUUUGGGCAAAGCAUAUGCCAUUUACAUGGAGGUGCUUGGUGCACUACAAUUGAUAGCGGUGUUGGUUUCUUAUUUUACGAUCAAACUCUCAGGAAAAAUGUUUAUUCAGCGACAAACUGUUAUGUCGGGAGGCGGUGAAAAUGAACCUCAUGGCACUCAAAAUUGCCAAGAUAAACUAAAGUCGCUGGGAACAACAAGCGGUGUGAGAAAUAUCAGAAAGCUGACGAAGAUGAUGACGAUAGUGGUAGUUGUUUAUUACAUUAGCUGGUUACCUUUCCUGCUAUACAACCUUUAUUGUCUGAUUGUUGACCGAGAGCCGGUGACCAAAGUUGUGGUGUUUACAAGUGUUAUUUCUCUACUUCAUGCUGUCGUCAAUCCUCCGCUGUACGGUUGGAUGAGCCAGCGAUACAGACGAGGUUACUUAUUUGUGUUCAAAAUGGCGCUGAGUGUGUGUGGAGGCAAACGCCCCAGCAGGAGAACCCUAAGCGUAUCUCGGCGAUUCUGCCCAGAAGCUAAUCUCUCACGACGAGCGACGAGUAUAGACUUAACUGUUUGUAGCAGUAGGUUGUCUUUACCACACGUAAAUCUUCCCUUUGGUGUAGCUGACAAGAACAGGAAGGAAGCAAGCCAUUCUGGCAUGGAGACAACUUCGAAAACACUUGGUGGAAAAACACAGGACGACAAUGAUUCAAACAAUAAUAACAACAUGGCCCUGGCGCAAACAGAAGCGGAAAAACCCAGAGUCGAUGACAGCCUGGACAAGGAUGUGAUGCAGCUAUUGGAUUCUAUCAUCGACAGAAUAGAAGUAUAGUUCAUGUUAUCAUUCAAAGAAAGAAAUCCAGUUUCCCAAGUGGACUUUUGCUUUCAUUGUGUGGUCACUUAGGAACGACCAUCAUCAGGGUAGAGAACACGCGCAUUACGCUUGAAAUUUUAUCUAUCUUUUGCAAAAUUCCUGCGCAACUACGCCACCUUACAUGUAAUCGUUUACGUAUGCCCAAAGCUACCGUUUAGAAAUCCCUAUAAGCGUGAGUAUCGUGAGUAGUAAAGUGAGUAUCAAAGUUGAAGGAAAGAGAAACUUGAACAAUGACUGUAUUAGUGGGAACAAGAACCAAUCUUCAAGUUUUUUCGGUGAAUUCUUCAUCAAACUGGAACUGUAAGGAGAUGAGUAAUUACACAGAUUUGCUUGAGUUAUGGUGCAUAGGUAGACAAAUCCAUACUAGUAGAUAACGGCAAUCCGAUUCCAGUGAUUCGGACGAGUUUUGAGAAGCAAGCUGCAGUUGACAAAAACACUGGCUUUCAUGUUCGCUAAUUUGGCUCAUCUAGGAUAAUCAGUCACAAGGCCACGUGUGUCCUUUCGCUACUUAACGUUACCGAUGAAACGUUCGCGACAAGCGCCGGGGGAAAAAACACUCUAUUCCUGGCUACCAUUCACGUCUCACUUAAGGUCCACGCAUGCGGAAGCUGUUUGAAAAGUAACGUCAGAAGAAGCCACUGAUAAUUUGCACUUUGACUGGGUGUGAAAUAGUCAGAGGCCUGAAAAACUGCACUAUGCCUUGAAACCGUUCCUGUCAUUCCUUUACAAUGUUAAGCCGAUUAAAAUUUUUUCAUA